AUGGCCAAGGCACGUACCAAGAAGCGCACUCAUCUGCGCGCGCAAAAUGCCACGGCUGCUGCCAAAGGCGGCGCCGCAUCUAUGAGCAAAACCCCCAAGUCGAUGGUUAUCCGUGUUGGGGCUUCACAGGUUGGUUCUAGUGUGAGCCAGUUGGUUAAGGAUGUGCGGACUAUGUUGGAGCCGGACACGGCCGUGAGACUGAAGGAACGCAAAUCUAACAGAUUGAGGGAUUACACAACUAUGACUGGCCCCCUUGGUGUCACACAUCUUCUUCUCUUCUCGAAGUCAGCGACCGGAAACACGAACUUGCGCCUGGCGCUUACGCCCCGGGGUCCGACAUUGCACUUCCAGGUGGAAAACUACUCCCUAUGCCGAGAUGUUGAGAAAGCAUUGAAGCGCCCGAGAGGCGGCGGUCAGGACCACAAGACUCCUCCUUUGCUGGUCAUGAACAACUUCAACUCCCCUAAUGCCACUGAGGACUCCAAGGUGCCUAAGCGUCUGGAGAGUCUCACGACGACUAUCUUCCAAUCCCUCUUCCCCCCGAUCAACCCUCAAGUCACUCCUCUCACCUCCAUCCGCCGUGUCAUGCUCCUGAACCGUGAACUCGCCCCCGAAGGCGAGGAAGAAGAGUCUUAUAUCCUGAACCUCCGUCAUUAUGCCAUUACGACGAAGAAGACGGGUGUUUCGAAACGCAUUCGUCGUCUUGAUCCAAAGGAAAUCCGCACCCGGGAGAAGAAGGGAGCUGCUGUGCCCAACCUGGGUAAGCUGGAGGAUGCAGCAGAUUACCUGCUGGACCCGUCCGCUGCUGGCUACACCUCUGCUAGUGAAACAGAAAUGGACACCGAUGCGGAGGUCGAGGUGGCGGAGAGCACUACGAGAAAGGUCCUGUCGAAGCGUGAACUGCAGCGUAUGAAGGCCGGCGAGAAGGAGAAGGCGCAGAAGAAGCUGAGCAACGCUCCGGAGGUCGAGAAGCGGGCGGUCAAGCUGGUUGAACUGGGCCCUCGCCUGAAGCUUCGCCUGCUCAAGGUUGAAGAAGGCCUCUGCGAAGGCCGGGUGAUGUGGCACGAUUUCAUCAAGAAGUCCGAGGAUGAUGUCAAGAAAUUGGACAAGAACUGGGACCAGAAGAAGAAGGAGAAGGAACAGAGGAAGAAGCAGCAAAAGGAGAACAUUGAGAAGAAGAAGCAAGCAAAGGCUCAAGCCAAGGCCGAAGGAAAGGAGGUGGAAGAUGACGACGACGAGGAUGAUGUUGAUAUGGACGAUGAUGAGUGGCUCAGUGACGAUUUCGAUGAAGAUGAGAAUGCGGAGCAGGAGGAUGAAAGCGAGGAGGAAGACGAGGGUGAGGGUGAGGACGAGGACGAAAUGGAGGAGUAA